CAACAAUGAUGGAGAUCACCAGAUCCAAGUAGGGUGGGCGUGUGUGUUUGUGUGUUGUGUGGGGGGAUAUUAUAUUUCUUUCUUUCUUUCUUUCAUUUCAUAUCUUUCUGUCUAUAUAUCAAAACAUCCACCCACAAAAUCAAAAGUGAUCAGUCAAUCGUAUCAAUCAAUCAAAACAUCAAAUCAGAAAAAGAAGAGAGAAGAAGAUCAUCAUCAUCAUCAUGUCGUCCUCAACAGCUGCUUUUUCACCGGACCACCUCUCUCCCUCCGACCAGCUCUGUUAUGUCCAUUGCGACUUCUGUGACACUGUCCUCGCGGUGAGUGUUCCAAGUGCAAGCCUGUUCAAGAUGGUCACGGUCCGAUGCGGUCACUGCACCAACCUCUUAUCAGUCAAUAUGCGUGGCUUGCUUCUUCCUGCAACCAACCAAUUUCACAUUGGACAUACUUUCUUCAAUCCCCAGAAUCUUCUGGGGCUAUGCGGGCAGGAGGAGGUGAGAAGCACUGCACCAAAUAUGCAUAUGAUGAUGAAUCAAGCAAACCCAAAUGAGAUGAUUAUGCCAAUUCGAGGCGGCGGAGGCGGAGGAGGAGGAGGAGUUGAACAUCAUCAUCUUCAUCAUCAGGAGAUCCCCAAACCUCCUGUUGUUAACAGACCUCCGGAGAAGAGACAGAGAGUCCCAUCUGCCUACAACCGCUUCAUCAAGGACGAGAUCCAACGGAUCAAGGCAGGAAACCCAGAUAUAAGCCACAGAGAGGCAUUCAGUGCGGCUGCAAAGAAUUGGGCCCACUUCCCUCACAUUCACUUUGGACUCAUGCCUGAUCAUCAGCCUACGAAGAAAGCUAAUGUGCGCCAGCAGGAAGGAGAGGAUCAUAUGCUCAUGAAAGAUGGUUUCUUUGCUUCUACAGAUGUGGGUGUCUCUCCUUACUAAUCAACAAGUGAAGUGGAGUGGAUUACUGUACUGCUGUUGUUUUAGGGUUUCUAUCUAUGUUCUUCCCUUCUUUCUCUCUUAUGUCAUAUUUCUUGUUAUUAGGCCCUUGCUGGAGUUCUUAUUUAUGUUAGUAAUCUAUGGUGGGAGAGGAUUUUGAAGUCUAGAUUAUCACCAUGUUUAGUAAAAAAAAAACCAUUAUGUAACUAGAACUAAUAUUAUGAUCCUAAAAUUAAAAAAGCCCACCUUAAUUAGAAGGGGAAUUAGUCUUAAUUUCAUGUACAUUCUUCUCAUCAUUGUGGGUUAAUUUACUGUCAGCAGUACCAGUACUGAUUAUCAAUCCUACUACCCAUAAUUAAUCACUUGUUUCUUCAUUAAC